AUGAGCGAGCUGACGCCCAAACCGACUGGGCCCUUGAACUAUGAAGAAAUUCGCUUGGCCCGAGAGUUGUUGCUUCGCGCCCUGAGUCAUGGACAGAUGGAGAUUUGGACCCCGAUCGUUGAAGAACUUGGGAAGAACCAGGGCCCAGCCUCGCAGACGUCGCAGGCGUCCAAGGCGGAAUGGAUCCCAAGAGUUGUGUGUGGGAAGCUGGAGACAGGCACUUUGCGUGGGAGCCGAAAACGAAAAUUUGAGAAAACAGUGGCUGCUGCAGAGGCAAGUCGAAAAGACAAGGUUUUACUCUGGAGGAAGUUCGCUCGCGGGAAAGGAAAGCAGGCCUGGCCCAAGGUUCACCGCGUGAACUUCGCACAGCUCAAGGGGUGGCUGAAGGCGCGCCGUCUGUUCGACUGCUUUGCCUUGCGGCGGUUGAAGCGAACGGAUUUUGCAGAUAUGCGCUUGUCUCUCGCUGCUGGGGUCCGGAUCCUUUGGGGAAGCUACAGAAAUGUGACAGCACCAGUGAGUGCUGAGACAUCUGGGUGGCUACCUGCAUAUCAUGGCACUUGGUUCUAUGGACUUUGGAGCAUCCUUCAUCAUGGUAUUUUCCUGGAAUCCACCAAUGAGGGCAGAGGCCGCAUCGGAUGGUUUGGGAGGUUGUGUGGUGCCAAUGCUGGGAUCCCCAACUUGUUGGCAGCUGUUAUCUCAGAGUAG